AUGGGCUGCUGUGAGUCAAAUACUGAGCGUGGUGAGCUUAAUUUUACCUCAAACCUAACUAUAACAACUCAAGCUGAGUUUCAAAGGCUUAAAAGUGAAGACGGAUUCAACGAUAUCAGCCUAAGCUCACCCGUAGAAUUUCAUGAAUACAAUAGCUGAGCAAGUGAAAAGACAAAUUUUUCUAGAAAAGACGGAGAUUCAUCACCAAGUACUUCUCGAUCGACUUGUUUUUCUUUCCAUAGAACUGAAAACGAAUUGGCUUUUUUGAUUACUUCAAACCUCACAAAAAAGCCAAUGUUUCAAAGGUACGAAUUAACGAAGUUUAAUUCUUAUGAAUAA